AUGGUUCAGCCCGUUUCUGGACAAUCCAAGUUACACAAUCACAAUCAGGGUCUAUACGUGCGUGUCAAAAUGCAACAUGAUAUUCCAAACGGACGCGGGGAAACAGCCAGCAACAGGGGUGAGAACGGCCCAUGGAACCCGCCUGAGCGCAUGGCAGAUGCCCGACCGGCCGAGCUCGACUCUGAACAAGAACGCCUGCCCGAUGGAGGCUAUGGCUGGGUCAUUGUGGCAUCGUGUUUUACCCUGAACUGCUUUACUUGGGGCGUCACUUCGUCUUACGGCGUUUACCUAUCCCACUAUCUGUCCUCGGAGCUCUUCCCUGGCGCGACGUCAAUGGACUACGGCCUCAUCGGGGGGUUCAACUUCGCCUUUGCCAUGAUUUUUGCGCCCCUGGCAACUUAUACGGCCCACCGCUUUGGAAAGCGCGGUGCCAUGCUUGCGGGGGCCGUCGUGCAGUCUGCCGGGCUCAUCUCCGCUUCCUUCGCAUCAGAGGUCCGGCACCUCUACGUAACGCAAGGCGCGCUCGUCGGCGCCGGCAUCGGCCUAGUCUUCGUCCCAAGCCUGCCGGUCCUGUCCCAAUGGUUCUCGGAGAAGCGCAGCGUUGCUAACGGCAUAAGCUCGGCCGGUUCCGGGGUCGGCGGCGUCGUCUUUUCCUGGGGCACUGGUGCGAUGAUCCGCAGCCUCGGCCUUUCCUGGGCGCUCCGUGCCACGGGCCUGGCAACGUUGGUUGCGAACGCUGCCGCAACGCUCCUAAUCCGGGACCAACGCCGGCAGGCCAGGCCAAACAAACUAGUCUUGGACGUCCAGCUGCUGCGCAAGUACGAGGUUAGCCUCCUUUUGCUCUGGGCGUUCGUGAGCAUGUUCGGCUACAUUACACUUCUGUUCUCCCUCGCCGACUUCUCCCGUUCCAUUGGCCUCUCCUCGGCACAAGCUACGGACGUAACAGGCGUCCUCAAUCUCGGCACCGCGGUGGGAAGGCCGCUUAUCGGAAUCGCCAGUGACCGCUUUCGGAGAAUCGACACCGCCGGCAUGUUAACCCUGCUGUGCGGAAUCAUCUGUUUUGCCAUGUGGCUACCUGCCACAACUUUUGCCUCAACUGUAGCGUUUGCCUUCAUAUGCGGCGCGAUACUCGGCGUCUUCUGGAUGGGCCGCUAUGUGCGGAAGUAG